UUAUUUCUUUUUUUUUUUGGUAGGGAGGGGCUUAUUUUAGUUGCCUUAGUAAAGACUUAGCGCUAUGUUCAGAACUACUGACGUUAUACAUUAAUUCAAAUGUAGCCGUUGUUAUAUAUUUAAAAAGGAUUAGCAAAGUUUAUUAUAUUCAAGAGAACACAGCAAGGGAAGGGACAUUAAAGCGUAACAAACCCUUCAGCCACAGGACCAAAACCAUCUGUGAGAAAAAUACAACCAUUGUAUAACUGCUCCACUGUUGUUUAUAUCUCCUUGUUCUAACCAGUAAAUCAUUCAUUAAGACAUAAACAAACUGACACAUGCAACAAUGUCCAUGGCCCUGAAGCAAGUCUUCAACAAGGAGAGGACAUUCCGGCCAAAGCGUAAGUUUGAGCCCGGGACACAGCGCUUUGAGCUGCACAAGAAGGCCCAGGCGUCUCUGAAUGCAGGCCUGGACCUGAAGCAGGCGGUGGCGUUGCCCCAUGGAGAGGACCUUAAUGACUGGGUGGCUGUUCACGUGGUGGACUUCUUCAACCGCAUCAACCUCAUCUACGGCACCAUCAGCGACUCCUGCACCGACCAGACCUGCCCCGUCAUGUCCGGAGGGCCCAAGUACGAGUACCGCUGGCAGGACGAGCACAAGUACAAGAAGCCUACAGCCGUGCCAGCCCCAAAAUACAUGAGCCUGCUGAUGGACUGGAUCGAGGUACAGAUCAACAACGAGCACAUCUUCCCCACCAACGUUGGUACUCCCUUCCCAAAGACCUUCAUGCAGGUAGCUAAGAAGAUUUUGUCUCGCCUGUUCCGUGUGUUCGUCCACGUCUACAUCCAUCACUUUGAUCGUGUGAACCAGAUGGGUGCAGAGGCCCACGUCAACACCUGUUACAAGCACUUCUAUUACUUUGUAACGGAGUUUAACCUCACAGACCACAAGGAGCUCGAGCCACUGAAAGAGAUGACAUCACAGAUGUGCCACUAAGGGAGCACCAUUGACCACCUGAUAAAUUCCAGCUUGAAGACUAGUUCUGUCCAUAUAGAAGACUGAAACAGGAAACCAAAUCUAAAAUAGUCUUUAUUUUUAUAAACAAGUAAUGUUAUCUUUUUUAACCAUGUAGGUUUGUCUAACCAGGAACGUUGUAAGGCAUUCUCUUCAUUUUAAUUUUUAGAAAAUGAGCACAGUAUUAAGAGAUUUUACUUUUAAAAAAAAAGUUGAAUCAGUCCUGUAAUUUAGUUCUUGUUCUCUUAUCUAAAAUGAAUAUAUGUUUUUGUACAUAUCUAAGAUUGUAGUAUGUGGAGACAUUAAAUGUACUCCGUGUUCCUGCUCUAAACUCAGUGUCAUGUUUAAUUAUGAAAUGGAUGCUGAUUAGACAAGCAGCGUUCGAAGCCGUGCAGUAUUGUCAUACAUUUGUAUUUUUUCAGAAUAUACAUUCAAACUGG